AUGGAAAGGACUUGGAGGGCUGAACAAGACAGACGGGAGAAAGGAAUGGAGAAGAAGAUGGAGGAGUUGUUGCAAAAAUCCAACAAGUCCGCUAUAAAGGCCACAGGCCUAAGGUACGAUGACUUGUGCAUGCAACCAGAUUUGGACCUGCCAGAAAGGUUUAAAAUUUCGAAGUUCGAAAUGUUCAACGGGACGGGGAAUCCCAAAGCACACCUCUAUUCAUAUUGCGACCAGUUAGUUGGAGUAAAGAAGAAUGGACCUUUGAUCAUGCGACUAUUCAGUCGUAGCCUGACUGAUGAAGCAGCCGAAUGGGUCUCCACACAAGACAUGCGCCAAUGGCUCCUUUGGGAAAACAUGGUAGAAUCCUUCAUGGAGAGGUUCCGUUUUAAUGUUGAAACUGUGCCAGACUGUUCCUACCUCGAAAAGGUCAAACAAAAGUCAAUAGAGAACUAUAGAGAAUUCGCCAGCAGGUGGAGGGUCGAAGUAGCUCGUGUGCAGCUGCUAAUAUGCGAGGGAGAGCUAGUCUCUGUGUUCAUAAGGUCACAAGAGCCUGAUUUCAAUGAUAGGAUGUUAUCCAUGGCCGGGAGGCCAUUUUCUGAGUUGGUAAAAAUGGGAAAGGUCAUAGAAGAUGGUCUCAAAUCUGGAAAGAUCAUCAGUAUCUUUAACAAAGCGUCUGGACAGGCCCCUGCGGGAGUCUUCCGCAAAAAGAAGGAGGACGUGGCAAGCAUAUCCCACAUUCCGAACCAAAAUCCAAAAGGACUACAAUCUUCUCACCAAACUCCACCCCUCGUGAAUUACUCUACUACUUUAUAUAGCCCAACACCAGUAUAUUUUGUGCAACCAACCUUCACCACUACUGUGCCAUCCUAUACGGCUCCGCCCGGUGUUCGUGUGUCGGCUCCUGUUUACCAAACACCACCACAACAAAAAUACCAACCACCCCCCCAGCAAAACUACUGCCCACCACAAAACAACCCGCCACAAGCGUAUCAACCCCAAAAUUACCAAAAUCAACCACCGCCCCCAACAUACAAUGCUCGACGUCCAUCUUUUGGGAAAAUGCCAGUAAGAGAAUACACGACGCUUCUCGAGGCGAGGGCUUGGCUUUUUGAGAGACUACUAACUGCGGGAUUGAUUCAGAAAGUCCCACCAAAACCAGCACAGCCCGAAAGUAGGUUCAACAGAGCUGAUCAGACUUGUGCCUACCAUUCAGGAGGGAAUAGAUACAGCACGAAAGAUUGCAUAAAUCUAAAAUAA